CGCCCGUAUCUCCAAGAGGCAAAAUCCACUGCAAAAGGCCCGUUAUACCGUGACGACCAACGCGAUGACGGUUGGUUUUUACUGCUCUCUCUGUGGGGGCUGCUUCCGGUGUGCCGGCUUGGUGCUGGACUACUGUCGUGCGCUGGGGUAAUAAGACACAUCCAGUCUGCCGCUUUCUAUCUAUUUCUACUAACGACGUAUGAUUUGACCAUAGUCAAGGGGCCAAAUGGUUUCGAUGGCGGCGCAAGGCCAAGCAGUACGGCGGAUGGGCGCAUGAGGACCUUUCAUUUUCAUGACGCCUGCUUUAACCUACUCUUAACCCAGAUUGCGGGCAUCAGCCAACAUCCGCCAGACCCAAUGAGAACUGCUCUUCUGCUCUUCUAUAUCUUCGAUUCAACCCCGUGGGUAAGAGACUGCGACCUUAUACCUGAGAGCAACUAUCACGGGGCUAUUAGUAUGCGUCGGAGCGAGGAAGGCCGUCAACUCUUAUAUUCUUAUCCCGAAAAGUCAUUUCCACCCAUUGAGGUUUCCAAGUUCAGUCUCAAAGAACACGGUCUGGACGUGGCCAGCAGUUCCGCAGUUAAACCAUCGGGGCCGCUAUCCCAUACCGACCCCUUUUACAAGCUUCCCGACGAGAUAAUCCAUGAUAUUCUAGUACAUUUGCCGUCAGAAGACCUGUGCUCAGCAAGACUAGCCUCGCGGCAACUAAGAUUUCUGGGUGCCAUUGGCAAUCUUGCUCAAUCCUUCUGGGCUUCUCGUUUCGCUUCCAAUCGCGAGAUGGGUUAUGUUCCCACGGUUGUAACAUCUCCUUGGGCCACCCAAUUUUGGUGUGAAGGCUAUUUUUGCAUGCAGAACCUCGAACGUGUGGCCGGUCCUAACGAAAUUCGCAAUCGUCGUCGGAUUUGGCGCUGCCUGUCAGACCUAUCCACCAUUCUUAUUCCACUACUCAAUUCUGGAGAUGACAAUCAAGUGGACACGAGGACUCUCCCUUUGAAUCAGGGUCUCACUCAACGAGUCUCAUCCCCAGAGCUUCCCCGCCUCUCAGAUAGAGAGAACCCGAAGAAGACAGUCCAUCUUGGGGUCAGGCUCCGGAAUGAACACAAUAUGUUCUUUCGUGAAGAAGGAAAUGAUGCCCGUGUGCAAAUGGAGUUCUCCUCUAUCGUGCUUUCGUCUGCCGAGUAUAUUUCUGGGUGUCGAGUUUCCGUCCAGCACGCAGACGAUCGAGCAAGAGAUGUGCAGAAGGCGGGUGUGAUCAUCACUUCAACCAUGGCAUCUAUCUUCCUUGACCCUGGAGAUGAAAUAUCAUAUGUCGACGUCUAUAUUUCUACUUCCGGCAUUCACUGUCUGAAAUUUCUCAUCGCCAAACCCAAUGGCGAAAUCCGCAUCCACAAUGUUGGAAGACCGAGGCGUCGGCACGGCAUCAUCGCUAUUAAACGUCUUACCCCCGAGUCAACUAUAGUUGGGUUGAGGUUCGGUUUUGAUAUGUAUAAAGCAGUCGCGAUACAGCUCAUCGAGGAUACCAAGCAAGACUUGGAAGUAAGCCCAGUAGCUCUAUGGAGUCCUAUUAUUCCGCCUGAUGAAAGUCAGGACUUGACGGCAUUACCUAUUCCGACACCUCACGAAAAUGCCAUCUUUCCCGUUAACUUAUACAUGCCAUUCGGUUGCGCUGACGGCUCGAGGCUUUCGUCUCUUCGUAGCAUUACUGCUUUUGUGCAUGGAACAGAUGGAAUUUACGGCCUCCGCUUUACCUACUCCACGGGAGAACCCGUGAUGUACGGAAAUCGAGAAUUCAUGAAGCCUGACGGAAACCUGUUCAGCUGCGUUGAGCAAACCCUCUUGGUCGAUGGAAAGAACGGAGAGAGGGUUGUUCAGUUUGCCCCAGGCGGCAAGCUAGGACGUCAAAACUUGGUAGAGAACAUUAUGGCCCGGACCAAUUUUAAUCAGUUUUACGUAUUUGGUCCUUUUGAUGGUUCCGAACCCAAGUGCGAUGAAGAGCUCCCAUCGGAGCAAAGUGCGAUCUUUGCUGUGGUGGCCUCAGUUUCUGCUCCUGACUGGAGAUUCCAAAGCCUGCAGAGUCAACGAUUCCGGGCGCCCUGUCCACCUCGCACCCAUCGUGAAGCUCCUUACUCGAGCUCCGUUCAAGAUGUAGGGCCGGCGCCAGCUCUCACGCCUUGGGUGAAAGAAGAAGAAGGGUUUGACCAAUCUUCAUCAGCCGAAGCAACUAAUGUAUUCGAC